CUCUCUUGUUCCUUCGCUCGCGAUCUCUUGAUCUCGGUCUCAUGGACUACGAUUUCAGGACCCGAACCGCUCCCGCGUAUCGGCCUGCCGGCGCCGGCACCGCAUCAACGAUGUACCCUAGGGUCGGUCAGCCGGGUGCUCCGCCGCCUGCCCGGGCUCCCUAUCACCACUCGACCUCUUCUUCCCCUCAGUCUGCAGGGCUUGGUAUCAGAGUUACAAUUAAACCGGAAUAUCAGAUUCGUCCUCCUCCCCCACUGGCAGCACAAAUGCCCAACAUACCUCGGAGCACCUUCCAGUUUGACUUUGAUUUUGAAAGAAGAAUACUUGCUGAAGCUGAGAAGGAAACCCAGAACUGGGGCAAGAUUGCAGGAGAAACCCAGCCAACAAAAACCGCUCCAAGUUCUAUGGCUCCUGCUGGGGAUCCUUUGGUGGACAAGUAUGUUGCCUCAGGUCUUGGACGUGAAGCGGUAUCUCUUGCAGUUCUGAAUUAUGGAGAUAAUCCAAUCAAGGUGAGAGAGUUUGUGAAAGGCUACAACCUUCUUCGUGAAAUGGGUUUCUCAUCGAAAAAUGUUGCCGAAGCACUAGCCAUGUAUGACAAUGACACAGACAAAGCUUUGGCGCAUUUCCUCAACAGUUCAUCAUGAUUGUUCAUAUGCUCAUUAUAUUUGGAGCAAUUGUUAUCUCAUGUUACAACAAACAAUGUGAUUUACAAGAGUUCAUAUAGUCUGAUUUGUUUCGACGGAGUUGCCUGUAUAA